AUGACAACUCAACUCCUGCUUCUCGUCUUAGCAGCAUGUGUAGGCGUCGAUGCCUUUUUGACUUUGCCCUUGUACCGAGGCAAAACCGUCAAGCGACAGAGAUCUCCGAUCAUGAGAACCACUCCGAAACAAUCGACGAACACAGAUGCCCAAGGAUACCACUCGAAUAACGGAUACAGGGAACAGCUUACCAACUACCAGGAUACGCAAUACUACGGCGACGUUCAAGUUGGAACUCCUCCACAAACAUUUAGAGUUUUGUUUGACACCGGGUCUUCCAAUAUGUGGGUCCCAUGCGCGAGCUGUGACCAAUCAAAUGCUGGUUGUCGUGAACAUCGAAAAUUCCAUUGUGAACUAUCGACGACUUGCUACCAAACGUCCGAACCUUACACGGAAUCGUAUGGAACCGGAUCAGUGUCCGUUAAUGGAUCCAUGAUUUACGAUGUUGUCUGUUUUGGAACCGAUCAGACGUAUUGCACCAACCAGUAUCAAGGACUAGGUUGCCUCAGAGAUUUACCCGACAACAAAUUCGACGGCCUUCUUGGUAUGGGAUGGGGAUGGAACUCAGUGAACAACAUUCCUCCACCCAUGGCCCAGAUUUUCGCCAAUAAGGUCACUUUGAAAACAAAAUGGAGA